UUGAAGCAGAUUCCCGGGCCCAGGGCGGCAAGGUCUGCUCGCGGGCCCGAGCACGCGCCCGGCAGGAGCGCCUUGGCGUCGGCUCGUGGGUGAAGGGACAGCUUUCGCGGUACCUCUGUCCCUCUGUGGCUGACCGGGCCGACAAGGGUCCGGCAGAGUCAUCACAGCGGGAAGCGACCACUCAACCGCCGCUUCCCCAGCGCCCGGCUGCGCACGCGGGAUGGGCUCGCGGCCGGGGGCGGGGCCUUGGGGCCCUUAGUCACCCAAUAGCCGACGAGCAGGGCAAGCGGAAGGCGGGGCCACAGCGGACAUGCUGACGGGCUGCGCAGGCACGGCGGCGGCUGCGGCCGGUAGCGCCCACCCGGCAGCUGGUGCUCCAAAAGCCCCCGGUGUGGGCCUAAAUCCGGCUCCUAAGGCCAGCGGACCCGAGAGCAGAACACACAUAUUCGCCCUCUGCGUGCUGUUCCCGACGCCUUUGGACGCAGGAAUCGCUCUCGGCUCGCUGGCUCCAGAUGCUGAACCGCACCCAGGAGUGAUUGGGAAGGAGCUGACAGCGAGUGGCAGCACUCUGGCCGUCCGCUGGACAGCAGAAGAUGCGAGCCUCCUUCAGGUUUCUGUAGUCAGCUUCCUGGAGCAGCUUUCCCUGGUGGUGCGGACCAUGCAGCGCUUUGGGCCCCCAGUGUCCCACUGAGCCUGAUGUGGGCGGGUGAAAGCUUCUAUCCGCUCCUAGGCAAGGUGGCCUGCCCUAGGGCAAUACGUCCCCAAGCAGUUGCAUCCCAAGUUUAGGAGACCAAGGGCUUGGGGGUCUCGCCCUUAGGUGCCAAAUGUCCCUUCAUUUUGUUUGGUGCUUAAAUGUGUGUUCUGCAGAAAAUAAAACUGACCUACUACUCUGCA